UCAGGACGUAGCUGCAAGAACUUCACCUGCGCACCCUCUCCUUCGCAUCCUCAGGUGCAACCCUACUGCAUUGUAACCAUGGCAACCCAGUUCACCCGCAUGCUGGCCGGCCGCAACACGGCGGUGGUGCUGGCCAGCCUGGGAGCCGGUACACUGGCAACGGGUUACCUCCUAACGGACAGCACCGCGGCUGCUGAGAGGAGGAUGCUCUACCCCCCCAGCGCUGACUUCCCUGACCUGAGGAAGCAUAACAACUGCAUGGCUGCAUCGCUGACCCCAGCCAUCUACGCCCAACUGAGGGACAAAAGCACCCCCAACAACUGGACCCUGAACCAGUCCAUCCAGACCGGGGUGGAUAACCCAGGACACCCCUUCAUCAAGACCGUGGGCAUGGUGGCGGGAGACGAGGAGACCUACGAGGUGUUUUCAGAGAUCUUCGACCCUGUCAUCAAGGACAGGCACAACGGCUAUGACCCCCGCACCAUGAAGCACCCCACAGACCUUGACUCCUCCAAGAUCACCUCGGGCGUGUUUGACGAGCGCUACGUGCUGUCGUCGCGCGUCCGCACCGGCCGCAGCAUCCGGGGACUGAGCCUGCCGCCCGCGUGCUCGCGCGCCGAGCGCCGCGAGGUGGAGCGCGUGGCGGUGAUGGCGCUCUCCGGGCUGAAGGGAGACCUGGCCGGGCGCUACUACAGCCUGGGAGACAUGAACGAGAGGGAGCAGCAGCAGCUCAUCGACGAGCACUUCCUGUUCGAUAAGCCUGUGUCACCACUGCUCAUGUCCGCUGGAAUGGCCAGGGACUGGCCUGAUGCUCGUGGGAUCUGGCACAACAACCAGAAGAACUUCCUGAUCUGGAUCAACGAGGAGGACCACACCAGGAUCAUCUCCAUGGAAAAGGGAGGCAACAUGAAGAGGGUGUUUGAGAGAUUCUGCAGGGGACUCAAACAGGUGGAGCAGUUGAUCCACGAGAGGGGCUGGGAGUUCAUGUGGAACGAGCGUCUGGGUUACAUCCUCACCUGCCCCUCCAACCUGGGCACCGGGCUCAGGGCCGGAGUGCACGUCCGUCUGCCCAACCUCAGCAAGGAUCCUCGAUUCUCUAAGAUCCUGGAGAACCUGAGGCUGCAGAAGAGAGGCACGGGGGGGGUGGACACAGCUGCGACCGGAGACACCUUCGACAUCUCCAACAACGACCGUCUGGGCAAGUCUGAGGUGGAGCUGGUCCAGCUGGUGGUGGACGGGGUGAACUACCUGAUCGACUGUGAGAAGAGACUGGAGAGGGGUCAGGACAUUAAGAUCCCCUCUCCCCUCGCUCAGUUCAGACGGUGAAGGCCCCCCUCCAGCAGCUAGGGGGACGGACGCACGAGCUCCAACCGAUGAAACUAUCAGCUGCUAACCCUGUACAUGAAUUCUAACUAAUAAAGU